CUAAAUUCAAAAGACUUCCGCGAUGGCGGCGACGGGCUUGGACAUGCAGAUGGAGGGCUUGACGGUAUCAAGCAAGCCGAGCACUCGAAUCAUUGAGUUCAAGGGCGAGUUCGUUGGUCAGCAUUUUUGGGUUCAGAUGUGGUUGCUUCCUCAUGCGGUGUUUGUUUGGGUGGGACUGGAUGGAACGCCCGUACGCAUGGGGUCCAUGUCCAUGGCGGUGAAAACUCGAUAUGAUGCCUUGCCCCUCUCGUCGUCGUUACUCGGCGCGGGAACCGACGAGAUCGAGCAGCAAAUGGCCCAACGACUCGUCCUACGCACGGGAAAGCAAGUAUUUGUGAGCUGCAACUUGCCCGACGAGGACAUGGACCUGUCGGCAUAUGUCGAACGCACUAUCCUGCAACACUUGCGAGAUGUAUCGCCUUAACGACGCGGGAAUGACGUAAAACUUCCUCUUAUCCAGUCAAGAUGGUCUCGAU